CCGUGAUCUCGACGACAGGUCGGCCUGCCUGCCCCUGGGGUGCUCUCUCACACUAGGGUCGUUCUCGUCGAGAGCCGAUCCCCGCAGACUCAGGGUUUGCCUGGGUGUGUGCGUUUCAAUGCCUCUCCUGAAUGAUACUUUUUGUGUGUCUGUGUCUGUGUGUGUGUGUGUGUCUGUGUGUGUUUGUGUGUGUUUCUCCCAUUCUCUCUUCUCUCUCUGUCUCUCAGUCUCUGUGUGUUUCUUUCCCUCUCUCAGUGGGUUGUGUGUGUGUGCCUGUGUGCGUGUGUGUCUUUGGCAGAAUGUGCCCUUUGUGCCACAAAGCGGUUUCUCGCAUGGCGGCCUGUCUUUGGUGACCCUCUUUCUGUGUCUCUGCCUUGGUCAUGAGGCCGGUUGUCAAUCGUUUUCGCCGCCCCGGAUCCGCUUUGGGUGUGUGAAGUCCUGGCCUACGUGAAGAGAUGCAUAGGUCCCGGAGCAAUUGAAAUCUCAUCCCUAUCCUGAGCGGCCUCUCUCCUAAGAUCAAAAUGAUCACACUGCAGCCGAGGACAAGAGCCCCACAGGAGCUCUUUGUCCCGCAGGAGAGCAGCGGACCCACGUCAGAGAAGAUGCUUGUAUCUUUUCGUGGCUCUUCUCUGAGAAAUGAAGCCAUACCAUGAUACAGUCUGCAAGAGGAAGCCGGGAAUGAGAGAUGGCAACAAUCCCUGUCACUGGAAUGUUGACCUCGCUGGACAAGCCACCCUUUUGGAACCCCUCCCCUUAUGCCUGUGGCGGUGGCAUGGUGCUGUAUCCGGCCUGGGCUCCGGCCUCUGCUCUCUCCUCCCUCUUGCUCUGUCCUCCCUCUGCUCUGUUCUCCCUCUUGCUCCUUCUGCUCUGUCCUCCCUCUUGCUCCUUCUGCUCUGUCCUCCCUCUUGCUCUGCCUCCCCUGUCCUAGAUGCCUCUCGCUCUGGCCACAUGUCUUCCCUGUCUGUUAGGGACUUCCCAGUCCUUGACUUCCCAGUCUGUCAGGGAGACAUUUCCUGGAGAUCCCUGUUAUGAUUGUUUCUCUCUCCAAACCUCUUUCUGCUUGAUUGGGCAGAUCUCGUGACCAUGGAGCUCUUUGCUCCCAUAAGUGUCUCAGACAGGAAAGCUUGCUUGUUCUCCAUGUUUCCCUUCAUGGGUGGGUGGAUUGCCUAGAAUGAGCGCUAGGAGACCGGGACUGGCCUUGUCUUCUAGCACAGGUGGUGUCGCAUUUCCUCUGCACUUCCUGUCUCAUUCUUGAGGGACAUCCUCUCCUCUUCUCCUGGGUGGACUGUCUCCCUGGAUCUUUUGGCCUUAACGAAUGUCAGGGAACCAAGGGGACUGGACUGGGUCUUGGGCUGGGGCUGGGGCUGGUGUUGGGGCUGGGGCUUGGUGCACGGCUACAUGGGCGAUGGAGCUUUGGCAUUGGGGUGAAAUUUGCAGAACCCUCUUUGCUCCUCUGGCAGGAAUUUCAAAUUUUGUAUCCGGUCAGUCACAAGCCCCCUGCUGGUUCCCGGGUGUUCUUUAAUUUUUCAUUGCUGUGAUGGAAAUGUCACUUGUCCCCCCCUUCCACCGGGCACAUGCUUAGACACCACCGUUUGUUUUGCCGUCGCCACACAUUCCUCUGGUUACACACAUCCACACCAUCUGCUGUGGGAUGGGCCAGUGCCACACGUCAUUGCAUGGUCUCCACCUGGGAUUCGCCCUUGUUCCUGUUUGCACGUGUCCUGUAAAUUGCAGUUGGCUUCCGGAGCCCCAUGGCUUUUAGAAGCCGGGCAGGCCAGUGUUCUUUCAAAGGAGAAGGGAGGCAGAGGGCUGAUGGAUCAGUGAAUUUUCAGCUGACACCACGCCUUGAGACCCAUGGGAUCAUUCUGUGCUGCAGCGAUGCCCUGCCUGCCUCAAAAGAUGUGGUGAGCCCAUCCUAUCUCACUCGGAGGGGGCCAAAAUCGGAUCUGAAGGGGAGUCCCGAGAACCCAGCAGGCAUCCUGUAGCUCUCCCUCCCUUGGUGGGAGUCGGCUCAAGGACGUACUGAGGACAGGACUUCUGGGGGUUUCGCCCUGGGACAGGACACCGGCCACACCCUCUACCAGGCCGCUGCAAACUUUACCCCGGAUCCAGUCGCUGCCGAGGCUGCAACAGGAGCCCAUCUGCUACUGCGCAGUAGCCAUUGUUUAAAGGGGCAGCUGCCUGCCUUCCAGCACCAGAGCUUUAGUCGGCCCAGCCAGUGUGCCUCCGCGUGGCUCUAGCUGAUUGUCUCGUCACAGUGAUUUCCACUGUUGUCUUCGUAUCCAGUCCCUGAAUUUUGGCAUAGCAGGAGUUCUCCAUGGCUGUGCUUCGGUGAAGGGGCUGCGUGCCUCCGGCCUGUCUUGCAGGAGUUUUAAUAUCCUUCCCAUCCUGUGCUGCCUCCUUGCUAGGAUCAAGACGACUGCACCCCAGCCAAGGACAAAGGCCUCAGAGGUGCUCAUUGUCCACCUGCAGGAGUGUGCCCACAGAGCUUCAAGAAGAUGGUUCUCACUCCUCUCGCCCUUUGCCCUCAUUGAGAAAUCUACCCACAGCUAUACACUGGGACGGAGAAGGAAGCUGGCUACAAGAUGGGGCAAGCAUCUCUGUCACUCAAACGCUGGCCUUCCUGGCCAAGUCACCCAUUUGGCACAUUCUCCCGGAUGCCCGUGAUAGUGGCAUUGUGCUGUGGCAUUGGCCUCUGCUCUGUCCUCCCUCUUGUUCUGUCUGCCCAGUUCCUGUGAAGCCUAGAGGCUUCUUAGUCUGGCUCAAUGUCUUCAACAAAGAACACUUCCCAGUCCAUUAGGAAGAAAUUUCGUUGGGGUCCCUUUUAUGAUUGCUUCCCUCUCCAAACCUAUUUCUGGAUGAUAGGGUGUCAUGAUCCUGGAGUUCUGGGCUUCCAUACCUGUCUUGGACAGGGAAGCUCCCUUUGUCUGCAUGUCCCAAGUGAUGGCUUAGUGGUCCAUCCAGGAAGAGCGGGAGGCAACCCCACUGUGGCUGACCUUUGCCUUCUAGAAAAGUUAGUGUUGAAUCCCACCUGCCCUUCCUCUCUCAUUCCUGAGGGCCAUCCCGUUCCUCUGCUCCUGGGGAAAGUGCCUCUAAGCACUGAAUCUUUUGGCUGCCAUGGAUGUCAGGGAGCCAAAGGGACUGGGUUUUGCUGGGUGCAGGGGAGGUGGCGUCAGGGGUACCUACCGGUGGCGGGAUGUCGGUGUGGUGUCGUUUGUCAAAACCUCUUGGCACCUCUGGCAGCCAUCCCUGAAUGUGGCUUGGACUCAGGCACAGGCCCUGUCUCACAGGUUUUCUAGUGUGCUUGGCUUUUCCUUGGCUUUGUGUGGGAGGUCCCAGUGACCCACCUGCGCACAUCUGGACGUCACUAUCCGUCUCAGCAUCACCCCAUAUGGCCUCAAAGACCCACCCUGACUCCAUCUGCUCUUGGGGAACAUUAGUGCCACGUGUGGUCACAUUGGCUCCAUCUCGGACUCACCUCUGUCUCUCCUUGCACAUGCUGCGGAAAGCAGUGUCGGGAUGCCAGAGCCCCGAACCUUGGAGAUGAAGUCAGGCCACUGCUCCACCUAGGAAGGAGGGAGGCAGUGGGCUCAUGGGUCAGUGCAUUUUCAGCUGACAGUUCGCUUUGCAGCCCUUAGGAUCUUUCUGUGCCCCAGCGAGACCCUUCCCGCCUCACUGCAUUGUAACCCCAUUCCUGAUCACCCCGUGGGAUCCAUAGUCAGGUCGAAGAGGAGUCCAGAGAGCCCAGACGCACCCUGAAGCUCGUCCUCCACCGGUAACCGAAGCAGAAGACCGAUCAAGAAGGUCCUGAUGACAGGUUGUACUCUAUGGGUACAACCCUUGGGUCUCCCGCAGGACCCUAUCGUAGUCCUCUUUCCACCCGCCGCCCCGGACUGCGCUGCCGCCGCCACCGCUGCCCCAGUCCCCUCAGCCGCACGUCGGCGCCAUUUUUUAAAGGAUCCGCCGCCGGACUCUGCGGAGCAAGCGGGGAGUCGGUCUCGCCAGUGCGCAUGCGCAAGGCCUGAGCCUCCCCUUUGGUCAUACUGAUUGCCACUGUUGCCCGUGAAUGGGUCCCUGAGACUUUGCGAAGUAGGAGCCCUGUGUGAUAGUGAAUCAGAGUCGGGUCUGAGAGCAGUCCUGGCCAGGGCAUUAACAGGAUGGUCUCCGGAACCUGGGAUUCUCGGAGGGUUGACCACCAGGAAGAAACCUCAGAAGGAAGAAACCUCAGAAGAGUGCAGUGAAUAGAAGACACUUCUCUGCACCCCAAAAGCUCCAUGCUGAUUGAGAGAAGGAAAUGCUGGAUGGAGGGGUUCCUGGAACUACUGUGAGGGAUGAUACUCCAAAUUGAUACUUAAUAUACAGAAAUGACUAUCAUGGACAUAACCCACAACAUGUGAAAUGUAUGGCUCAUUCUACUGACAUUAUAAAGGAAAGUUAAUGACAACUGAAUUUCUAGUCAUUUUCCACCCAACCAGUUGCUUAUAAAAUGUCAAGGAAUUGUAGAAAUGGUGAGAGAACUUUGGAUGUGGAACGUGGAGAGGAGGAACACGAAGUGGGGAUCUGCACUUGGGGUGGUCAGCACUGCGGAUGCCCAGCAAAAUCACUGCCUGGUCCACAUCCCGAAGGGGUCUCUGCGCCUCAGUCGGCAUCGCAGCUGAUGGUGAAACUUUUGGUGUGGCAGAGGAGUGUCCACAAACUUCAGAAGGUAUCCGCUACAUCCUCCAUAGCCGUGUAUCCCUGCCCAGGGCAAUCUUCUGGGGGAGCGGAAAGUCCUGCUCAUGGGCCAGGGCUGGCUGGCUGGAGCCAUUUGCGCGGCGCAGCCCUGGCGGAGAUUCAGGCGGCCCCGGUGUCGCAAGCGGCUCUGAGUGAUGCCUCCUUGGGGCCGGAGUGGUCCCAGGAAGGCUGCAGACCAGGGCUGACCAGCAGGCAGCAUGGUGGCUGCGAUGGAAGUUGACGGGGUUCGCAGCGCCAGGGGACCCAGCAGAGCCCGAGCCCGGGCAUCCCGCAUCUCCAGCAGCAUCGCAGGUAGGCCUGGUGCUGGUGAAGUGGCGGCCAGUGCACAAGGCCUACGACCCAGUCCCAGAGGCCAGCCCAUCGUCAGCUAACUUCAGGAACCCCGGGCCAGCUGAGGCCCCGGGCCCCAUGGGCAAGACAAAGGGCAGAGGGUCCGCAGGCGGGGCCGAGAGCAGGCAGUGCAGGCCUGGCUCCACCGCCGCGGAGCUCACAGGGCUCAGCAGGCACCGGGCAGAGACCAGGGCUUCCAGAGGAGGCUGUGCACCCCUGCAAAGGCUCCUGCCCUGCGUCCAGCCUAUCCGCGGGGACUCCACGUGCACCCGCUCCUCAUUGUCCUUGUCUAGGGCCGCGGCAAGGUCCUCGCUCCCAUGGCGUGACUCCGGGGUGCAGGAGCCUGGGCUGAGCAGGUGGAGUAGGGUGAGCACCGCCAAGAACCCAGCGAGAGUGGCGCCCCAGGGCGGCACAGGAGGCCGCAUUUAACAUGUCAAUCAUCUGAAAGAUUUUAUGGCAUCUUUUUUUUGACAUCUUAUAAAAUCUAUAAUUUAUUAUAUCUUGUGAUAUAAUUAUUAACACCACUUCAUUGUGAUUAUUAUGAUUAUUUUUAUACCAACACAUCUUCAAUUAUUAAUCUUCCCAGUUGCUAGAGAAAAAUGAAAACGACUAGUUUUGAAAGCCUCACUUCUGCCAAUGGAAGCACAUUACAGCAUGUCGCCAACGCAAUCCACUUUCCACCACUUUCACAAAAAACGUUACUGCACAAUUAUACUAUCCUACCCUUAUAUACUUUUUGUGUGUGUGUGUACUUGUAUGUAUGUAUGUUACAUAGGUCAUAUAUAUAUAUAUAUGCCAGAGAUGAACAAGGAUUAGAAAAUUAAAUGCACACAGGUCAUGUCAGUGCUAUGUAUAAUGUGGUGUACUAAGUAUAGAUGUUCAACAGUGUGGGAUCUAGGCUGGAACAAGACUCCUAGUCUUAAGCAAUUCUUUCUAGGUUCAGUCUCUGGAAAUAAUGCCUUGAAUCAAAUGUGCGAGAAAGUUAAUGGCUUUUAAAGACUAUUCUAUGUCAACUAUAACAUUUCAUUUGGGGAUUUCUGUCCCUUAUAAUAUCUACCUCAUUUUGGAUGGAAUCCUUGAGGCCUGGUUUAUUUUUCUUUUCCUUUCUACACAUCGCUGCUCAGAGUGAUGAAUGGAGUUGUGUUUUGAAUAAAAUAUCUACGCAUCCUUUUGUGAGCAAGGAGCAUGAUGGUA